CACAUUUGCUGCCGUCUCCUUCAUCACCAGAAAAGGUAUAGAAACCUGAAAAAGCUCUAAAGCUUCGCUAGUUGCUCAUGGAUAUUGCUAUGGCGUUUAGUAGAACUAACCAGCGAAGGAAUUUGAAUUCAGUUUCUAGAAUCUGCGGCAAAGCAAUCACGGCGGACAAACAGUUCAUCCUUGUUCAUUUGUGCGGCGGUGCAAUUUUCGGAGCUUUCCAGCAAAGAGUCGAUUCGAUUUACGCCGGCUCAAAAUCAUACGGUCCUUCGCUGAAGCUGAUUCAAUAGAACAGAACCCAUCUGCUUGCGAUGUAGAGCUGUCGUUGGUGGUCUUUAAUGUGCAUGAUUCCAACUAUGCUUGCAUGUUACAAAAAAGUGGCUGGACAAAAGACAGAAAUUUGUUUUUCCAGUGGCUAUCAGCUCUACCUUUCUCAGGCGGUGGUUUCAAUGAUGUUGCCGCUGCAGAAGGCCUUGCUGAAGCAUUGAUGAUGUUUUCUUCACUCAAAGAUGCUGAUGGGCAAAGACAUUGUAUUCUUGUUGCUGCAAGUAAUCCUUAUCCAUUGCCUAGACGAGUUUAUUAUCCAGCUAUGCUGAAUCUGGAGCAGAGUGAUAAUGAAGCACAUACCAGUCUUCGACUAGCUGAUGCUGAGACAGUUGCAAGGGCAUUUCCUCAGUGCUCUGUUACCCUCUCUGUUAUAUGCCCAAGGAAGCUUCCCAAAUUAAGAGCAAUAUAUAAUGCGGGAAAACGCGAUCAACAAGCAGCUGCCCCGACCGUUGAUAUGUCGCCAAGCCAGACCCUGGUUGAAAUGGAUAUGUCUUCUGUGCCUCCAGUUUCCAGUCCAGCCUCAACUUCUAAUCCAGCAAGUCAGGCAAAUUCUGGAACUCCUCUUGCAUACAUGCCUGUUUUGAAUCAACAACCAAUUUCAGCCGGAAAUAUUCCUCUGGGUAAGAAUAAUAGUGCAGAGGCUAACAUGUCUCUGUCUCAGCAGCAAACAUUGGCUACAGUACCAUCAGCUCAAUCAGGUUAUGUCAAAUUCUGGGAGGGAAAUUUAUGUAUGGUGAGGGAGGGUCAACCCCAACAUAUUUUGAGACUACAGGGGUACAAGAAAUCUUCAGCUUCUGAAUCAUAUUGGUUCCUGUUCAGUCAUGCAAAGUACAAGUUACAGCUCCUUAAAUUUUGUGACAUUUAUGCUAGAGUUAGAGAGUGCACCGGAAAGGCAGAUAUUCUAGCUUUUUGGGCAAGCGACUGGCAUGGAGUUCUUAAUGCUCUGCACGAAAAGAACUUAUCUGCAGUAAUUCAACUACCAUCACAGACAUUGUUCAUCCAUGCUGAUAAAAGAAGUUUUCCCUUAAUUGGAUUGCUUUUAUCUAAUGAGAACAUCAGGUCUAGGCCAACGAUACCCAACCAGCAGCUACGAGCACAACCACCUCCCGGAAUGCAGCAGCUGCGGCACAACCAAUAACUGAGGGCGGACUCGGAUAACCAGGAUGGCUAGAAUUUUUGAGUUUUGAUGAUGAAAUGUAACAAUGAAUUUGACUACCAGCCAUUGCAGAAAUUUUCAUCAAGCUUAAGCAGCAGAAAUUUCUAUUACUUAGCUAUUGAGUUUUGAACUCUUUUUUCAUGCACUGUUGGAGAACUUGGCUUCCCAGACCUCACAUUGUGGGAUGCUUGUUAGCUAUUCCUGUUGAAACUAUUGGAUUUACAAGUUGAAAAACAGAAGUUUCAUUUUUGUUAUUUUUACCUUUUUAACUUUAAA